AUGAACGCGGCACGCCCGACAUCGGGUCUCCUCUCGCGGUGCCUACGACAGUCCGCCCCGACAAGCUCCUCUGCCCCUUGCCGCUCCUUUCAGACGUCCGCCGCAAAGCUUAAGAAGAGUUCGAGCUCUCGAGCUGGCGAGCCGCAUCGACCCGAAGACUUGACCCUGCAGGGCCAGAUACGAAACGAUCCCUACCGCUUCGAGUACCUCGAGGACUUCGCGACCGUGCAGCCCGUCAUCGAUGCUAAGCCAAAACAGCCCAUCGUCCCACGGGAGGCUGAGUUCCUCGGCAAGAAGGAGUGGGUGGACAAGUACAUCGACACACUCGCCGACCAUGCCGAGACCAAGAUGCAGGAUACCAUCCGGCAAGGCCGUUGCGCGGGCACUGCGCAAGACGAAAGUACAUCAUCGAGGAGUCGGACGAUGGGCUCUGGGCGAGCGCUCAAGCCGAGGCGCAAGGCGAAUCCCAACGCCGUGAUCCCGGGCGAGGAGUGGUGGGACAAGAUUGAUGAGACGUUCUACGAGGAACUCGAGGCAGAGUUUGAGAAAGAUGCCAGCCCGCUUGUGGAGACGGACAGGCUCAAGGUGUGGAAGGCGAUCGACAACGAGGUCGGCAGCUCAGCGUUGGCACCCGAGCUGGGCAAAGUUGAGGGCGUGAAGGGCCAGUACAAAGACGUCGAGGACCCCGAGGAUCAGGGUCUCGACUCCUCUGGCCAGUACGGAGACGUUAAAAAGGCGUUGAACUUUAAGAUGAAGGAGGUUCUCAGCAUCCUGACCAAGAAGCUGGUUUCUCGCGCUGUCUCUAACCAGACGCGUCUCGGCAAGAUCCGGAGCUACAGCGUCAUGGUCGUGGCUGGCAAUUCGAACGGCCGACUGGGAUUGGGCAUGGCCAAGUCCACGGAUGCUCUGAUCGCUUCCACCACUGCCCGGCUUUUGGCCCUGCGCAACAUGAGGCCUAUCCGGCGGUACGAGAACCGCACCAUCUUCGGCACGGUGGAGAAGAAGAUUUCCGGCACAGUCGUGAAGCUCGAGGCCCGUCCUCCUGGAUUCGGCCUCCGUGUGUCGCAUCGUCUCUUCGAGAUGGCUCGGCUUGCUGGCAUUCACGACCUGGCGGGCAACAUUCCGCGAUCCAAAAAUCCCAUGAACACCGUCAAGGCGGCGUUCGAGGCGUUGACGAACCAGCCCGACCCGGAGCAGAUCGCCAUCGGGCGGGGGAAGAAGCUGGUGGAUGUGAGAAAGGUCUACUACGGUGGAUCUGUGUAUUAA